UCAAGUCAUCCAGAAAGAGAGAUGUACUCUCAGUGAUUUCUAUGGUUACUGGAUGGCUGCAUUCGGUCGCGUAGCAUCUCUGGAAAACAACAUAUUCCGAACGGCAAUCUUGGAAUCUAUGGAAUGUCGCGAAAAAGCCCUGUUCGAUAAUUACGCUUUCCAGGCAUCGGUUUAUAUGGACCCUAGAUUUUCAUUCUACGGAUCAAUGAUUUUUUCGUCGUCACAGAAAGAUCGCAUUGUCGAGUAUUUAUUGGCAGUGUACACCAAGAUAAGCAAAAACUCACAAUCAGCUGUUGAACAGUCUACCUCAUCUCCAACCAAAGAAACAUUGCCAUCUACAUCGCAGGGAAAGUUCAGUCUAAACAGUUAUCUGUCGUCAAGACUCGGCGAAGGUUCUGUCACAGUUCCGAAAACAAAUACUUUGGAAAUGAGGCUACGAAAUCUGCAAUACCAGCCCCGAGUAGAUGCUGAUAUUCAAGAUUUUAGCAUCGUGCAAUACUGGGCACAGAAACGUUUUGAAGAUCCAGAAAUAUGGAAACUCGCCAAGGUCGUAUUCGGCGCUGCUGCGACACAAUGCACCGUUGAGCGCGAUUUUAGUCAAUUUAACAUUGUAUUAACAAAACCAAGAAAUCGAAUCAAGGAUGUAAAUCUCGAAAAUAUUCUCAAGAUCAGGGCUAACAAGAGCAUGAUUCAGAAAGCUCUUCCAGUAGCGUUGGAAAACUGAACUGAAUCGUCAA